GCGGCGGAGGGCCGCGUUUCAGCGACUUUCAGCUGAAUAUCACCUGAAGUGUGCGUGUUGCACUGUGCAGUGUAGUGACUAAAUACGGAUUACUGUUGUUCACGAGGUAGCGAGAAUGCGGCUCAAAUAGAUAAGAUAAGUUAUGACGCGGGCCGCGCUCGGAUCCGACGCGAAAAUGUUGCUGGAAUUCCAAUUCACGGAAAUUGUUAUACCGUCAAGAGAUCUAAAUGAAAUGAGAAAUUUAAUUUAAAACUUGAGAUGGAUAAUGCGGCUGGUGAUGAAAAGUUUCUUCGGAAUAACCUUAGUGCUACAACAGAUAUCUGAAGUACUUUAAAGUGUUGAUAACUCGAGUGUGUUUUGCUAUAAUAGUAAACAGUGCGAUUGGUGAUAAAGUUGACGCCAAUGAAAUACAAAGUGAAUACUGAAAAGUGUUUUUAACAGAUUAGUGAAGUUUUAAUCGUUAGUUAUAUGAUGAAGUGAAACUAUGGGUUGUCAAUUGGGUAAGCUAGCUUCGUCAGAGAGGCGCGGCGCGGGCGCGUGCGCUGCCCCGGCGCUGGCUGACGCGCCGCCGCCAGCCACGGACCCUCGACUGCCGCUCACCGCUAAGCAGAAGUAUUCAAUGUUGGCUUCAUGGAAGGGAAUCUCCAGAGCAAUGGAGAAGACCGGCAUCUGCAUGUUUAUCAAAUUAUUCGAAGAGAAUGAAGAUCUUCUGCAUAUGUUCGAGAAGUUUCGUCAGUACAGGACUAAGGAGGAACAGAUCAAUUCCACGGAGCUCGCGGAGCAUGCCAAUAAUGUGAUGAACACGUUGGAUGAAGGCAUCAAAGGUUUGGACGAUUUGGACAACUUCUUCGCGUACAUACACCAAGUAGGCGCAAGCCAUAGACGGAUACCUGGUUUCAAAGUGGAAUAUUUUUGGAAAAUCGAGGCGCCGUUUUUAGCGGCCGUGGAAGCCACGCUCGGCGAUCGUUAUACACCCAACGUCGAGAAUAUUUAUAAAAUUACAAUUAAGUUCAUCCUAGAGACUCUUAUAGAGGGCUACGAGAAAGCAGCCCCCGGCAAUGCGACGUGAACCAAAGUAUUACUAGCAACGGAAACCUAACCUCAAAUCCACAACCAAAUACAACUAUCAAAAUUUAGAACGUUAAAUGUGUCAAUUUCUAUAUGACCGAACGAAAAAGUUACAUCUCGUAAGAUGUAACUCUUUACGUCGGUCUGAGACGCUAAUGCGUUUUUUCAAUUAGCUGUUAUGUAUAUGAAAUGUGAAUAAUUUGUGUAUAGUCGAUGUUAACACUUUUCUUCGCGAUAGUACUUUGUAAACUUUUAUGAGUCGAUGAGAAAUUUUUAGAUUUAUUUGAUGUUACGCGUUUAUGUCAAUGCAUUACUUGAUAAGUAUUAUAAACAGUAUUAAGAGAAUUCCGUAGUGUUGUAUUUAGUGAAAAUUAUUGUAUUUAGUAGUCAAUGUGGCAUUUGUUUUUAUAAAGCAUUUUUACCA